AUGUCUGAUCCGUCGUUGGGUGCUACCGAUGGUAGUGUUACGGCCAAGCGAAAGCGCGAUAGUACCGAUAGCACCGGUCCAGAUGCCCAGCGUCUGAAUCGAUCUUCCAAUGGGAGCAACGGCAGCAUUCCCGCCCCCGACACUCAGCCGAACUUCGCCCAUAGCUCUCUUGGAUCUUAUGACACGCAUCUUCCAAGUGCUACAACAGAACUCAACAUCGACCAGCAAAUCCUGCAGCAUGUUGGUCCUCAAAACGGUAUCUCAGAUGAUAACGCCCUCACUGCUAAGGCGGCACUCGCCGCCCACACCCCUCAGAACAAAUACCCGCCUCCCCCUGAUGCGACCUUUGACAACAAUCUCGCCCAUGGCUUGACGUUUGGAGACGAUAUGGGCCAGGCUAUCGGCUCCGCACAUGGUCACAAUUCUACUGCUGCCGCCGUCUACGCUGCUCGCGAAGCGCAGAGCAUGAACCAGAAGCCUUCUGUAGGUUCUCCCGAAUGGCAUCAGAUUCGGAAAAACAAUCACAAAGAAGUGGAGCGGCGGCGCCGUGAGGCGAUCAAUGAGGGCAUCAAUCAGAUCGCUCGCCUUGUCCCCAACUGUGACAAGAACAAGGGUGCCAUUCUGCAACGCGCAAUCGAAUAUAUAUGCCAACUACACGAAGAAAAGAAAGCCAUGAGUGAACGUUGGGACCAAAACAAUAUGACCACGAGCCAUGCAAUCAACGAAAUCAGCUCGCAGAACUCCAAACUGAAGAUCGAAGUCAACCGUCGCGGUGACAUUGCGCUGAAGUGGUUGCAGCGCUGCCGCGACGCAGGUCUUGAUUUCGAAGACUACGAAGACUCGAAGGAGCUGGAGCCCCUUGACAUUGACCAAGGCCAGGUUUAA